AUGGAUGACAAAACUUUAGAACAGUGGUGUACAGCUAUGCACUUGGAUUUACAAAGAGGAUUACUUGUUAGAGGAGUACCUCGUGACCUAACAGACAGGGACAUUGAACAUGUCUUACAUAAUGCAAUAGGUAUUUUGGGAAAAUGUCAAGUACUGACCAAACGAUAUGAAGAGACAAAUGUCACUUUGUCUGUUUUCUGUAAGUUGUCUGAACCCAUAGACUAUUCUAAAAUCCCUAGUGCAAUUAGAGUAGGAGAGAAUACCUGGAAACUGGUCAUUAGACCCCCCUCUGAGGAAGAAGAGAUAGAAAGGAAGCUCAAGACUGUCCUACAAAGGGAAGGACUGUCUGAAGAUGAUGUGAGACAUGUAGGAGGGGAGUCCAGACCUGGAGAGAGUGAUCAAGAUGAACCCAAGGUCGAGCAAGAAUCUCAAUCCGACAAAUUAGGAAGCUUCUCUGGGGAAAACCCAUGUCCUCCUGAAGAGGAACCAUAUGACUCUUGGAUAAAACAUGCCACUGAAAUAUUAAAGCAGUGGAAAGUAAAUGAUAUGGAAAAACAGAAAAGACUAAUGGAAAGUCUCAAGGGACGAGCAUUUGAUCUUAUACGUAUUUUGAAAUUACAAACCCCUGAUGCUACUGUGUUAGAAUGUCUGCAAAAGCUAGAUAAAGAGUACGGUAGUGCGGAAACUCCACAGCAAACUUAUGUCCAGUUUCUUACCACCUUUCAGCACGAGGGAGAAAAACCCUCUGAGUUUGUCGUGAGGGUGGACAAACUGCUGCAGAAUUUAGUUGUCAAAGGAGCGGUGAGGCCCAAUGAAGUGGAUGCUGUUAGACUGGCCCAAGUAAGUUCUGGACUGUUAGAUGAUAAAGACCUACAAGUACAAAUAAUUAAAUUGGAAAAAGAGAAACAGCAGAUUGGAUAUGAAGAGCUAAUGGCUAUAGUGAAAUUGUAUGAGAACACACUCGAUUGUGGAAACAGAACUCCGCAACACAGAAGAAUGCUUUCCAAAACAUCUUCUCAGAUGUUGCCUACAGAAACGAGAAUGGAACCAAACCACAGUCACCCAGGCACGAAGGCCGAAACUCUUAAGAUGCCUGUUGAGAAAUGGAAUACUGGUCGGUGCCACUUCUCCCAGAAAAAAGACAAAAGAUUGUGGGGGCAGAGAUCAAACAGGCCUGAAGCUAGAACAUGGCCAGUAGAGCAAAGACAGAGGGGCCCCGGGAUAUUCUGCAGCAACUGUGGCCUAGAUGGACAUACAAAUACAGGAUGCACCCAAAGAGCAAAUACAGAAUUGGUUAAACAGAAGCUGAUGUCCACCAGCCUGCCUUCAGUCCAUAAAGAUGAUGGAUCUGGUGAUAGAAGUGAGCCUAGAUCCCGAAGACCUUAA